GGCUGAUACAGGAUGAGACCCCAGAAACUUCUCCAGUGACAGCAAGCCCAUCCCCAGUGGCACCAGGCGUGCUGAGUGUUCUGGCAGGCUAUCCGUGGAACACUGCCCCCCCUUUUCGGUGACCCCAACCUGUUUGAGCUCAGCCUGCCCCCCUACCCCGAUGCCUCACAGGCUGUCUCUCCGCAGACAUUCAUCUUCACCGACGGGGACGACCCUGAGCUGCAGCUCCAGGGAGGCAGCCACGUCGUCAACACCAACUGCUCGGCUGUGCACACCCGCCAGGCUCUGUGCUGCAAGAUGUCGGUGGAGUAUGACAAGUUCAUCGAGUCCAGACGCAAGUGGUUCUGCCACGUGGACGAUGACAACUACGUGAACUCAGAAGGCCUGCUGCAGCUGCUGGCCACCUUCUCACCUAGCCAGGACGUCUACCUGGGGCGGCCCAGCCUGGACCACCCCAUCGAGGCUACCGAGCGGGUCCAGGAAGGUGGCACCGUGACCACCGUCAAGUUCUGGUUCGCUACAGGCGGGGCCGGGUUCUGCCUGAGCCGGGGCCUGGCCCUCAAGAUGAGCCCCUGGGCCAGCCUGGGCAGCUUCAUGAGCACCGCCGAGCGCGUGCGGCUGCCGGACGACUGCACGGUGGGCUACAUCGUGGAGGGGCUGCUGGGUGCCCGCCUGCUGCACAGCUCCCUUUUCCACUCCCACCUGGAGAACCUGCAGAGGCUGCCGCCCGACUCCGUGCUCCAGCAGGUCACCCUGAGCUAUGGGGGCCCUGAGAACCCUCAGAACGUGGUGAACGUGGCCGGAGGCUUCAGCCGGGAGCAGGACCCCACAAGGUUUAAGUCCAUCCACUGCCUUCUCUACCCGGACACGGACUGGUGUCCUGCGCGGAAGCAGGAUGACCUUGCUUCUCGGUGACCUUCGACCCGUGACCCAAACGUGGCUCUGGCUCUGCCCCCAGUGUGGGUGGGUGACGGCUGCCCAAGAGAGCAGGAACUGCCCGCCCUGGGCUCAGUCAGCUGCCCCAAGUGGCUACGGCCACGGCCUCAUCCAGGGGGACACUCGGGCUGGCCUGCCAACUCCUACAUGGCCCCUGGCAGGCCUGGCGCCGUGUUCCUGCCCUGGGGUCCACACUUUGCAGCCUGCAGGAUGCUCCUCCUCCCAGCCCAGCCCCCACUGUCACCCGAAGGGCCUCCACCCAAGGGUGAGGGGGCCUGGGACGGGGCUGGCUUCCGGUUCCCAGGGCUCCGUCCUGCUCCCCUCCUUGCUGGAGAGGGGACUCCAGGCCGGGGUCUUGGGUGGGGUCUUGCAGCCAAGCAGCGGGGACUGCAGCGGCUGCGCCAGCUGUCCUACCAGGGGGGCCGCCCUCUACAUGCCAGGCUCGGAGCCCAGCCAGAGCCGCCCUGCCUCUGAGGGGAGCUGCACACUGGGAUGCAGGCCCCUGGCCGGCUGCACUUGGCACAGAUCACUCCUAGCCCAGGCAUCUCCACUCAGGGGCUGACUCACUGCUCAGUGCUUCCCCAUCCCCUCCCCCCACCCCAAGUCCUUAAAACAGCAGGAGCCUCUUGCCUGGGGUCCCCCUGCAGUGAGACAUCCCCGUCCUGCCAGCGGACUCACCUUGAUGGUACCUUUCCAGGGAGGAGAAACAGACAGGGGAGGCAGUGCCUGCCCCCUGCUCCUGCUCGGCUGCUGCAGCGAGUGAAUAAAGGCUUGAUUGUUA